AUGGUCGGUCCCAUCAAGACAGAGCUCCGCGAAUACGCUCACCGCCCCAGCGAUGGCAAGGGGCCCUACGCCGACAACCUUGAGACAGACGUUUUGAUCGUCGGCGCCGGAUUCGCUGGAGUAUACCUCUUGCAUGAGCUCCGUUCAUUGGGCUACAAGACCACCAUUUACGAAGCUGGUGAUGGCUACGGCGGCACCUGGCGCUGGAACCGCUACCCCGGUGCGCGCGUUGACUCGGAGGUACCGGAGUACGAGCUCUCCAUCCCAGAACUCUGGAAGGACUGGACGUGGACGACGAACUACCCGGACUUCAACGAGUUGCGGGCGUAUUUCGCGCACGCUGACAAAGUCCUCGACCUGUCGCGCGACACGGCCUUCGGCAGCGUCGUCGUCGAUGCGCGCUUCGACGAGAAAGAAGGCCGGUGGAAUGUGCGCACCGAGGAUGGCCGCAAGGCGCGUGCAAAGUACCUCAUCGUUGCCGCCGGCUUCGCGGCGAAGCGGUACGUGCCGGAUUGGCCGGGCAUCGAUUCGUUCCAAGGGUUCAUCUGCCACUCGUCGUUUUGGCCCGAGCCUGAGGAUGACAUUGAUGUCGCGGGCAAGCGUUGCGCUGUCAUUGGGACGGGGGCUUCUGGCGUGCAGAUCGCGCAAGAAUGGGGCCCCAAGAUCGGGACGAACGGCCACUUGAAGGUCUUCCAGCGGACACCAAACCUGGCAGUGCCUAUGGGGAAGAAACCCCUGACAGCGGAGGAGCAGAACCGGACGAAGAAGUUCUAUCCGCAACUCAUGAAGUUCCGCGAGCAGUGCUUUGGCGGCUUCCUGUUCAGCUUCUCCGAGAAGAAUACAUUCGAGGACUCGGCCGAGGAGCGCGAAAAGUACUACCGGAAGCUGUGGGACCACGGCGGGUUUUCCUUCUGGCUCGGUAAUUACAAGGACUAUCUCUUUGAUGCGAAGGCCAACCGAGAGACGUACAACUUCUGGGCGAAGAACCAACGGGCUCGUAUUGGGGACCCCCGUAAGAGAGACCUGCUUGCCCCUGUGGAGCCUCCUCAUCACUUCGGUGUCAAGCGACCUUGCUUGGAGCAGAAUUACUAUGAGCAAUUCAACCGGGAGAACGUCGAUAUCGUGGAUAUCAAGGACAACCCAAUCGUUGAGAUCAAGCCUAAUGGCAUCCUGCUUCAGGAUGGCACGCUGCAUGAAGUCGACGUCAUUGCCAUCGCGACUGGAUUUGAUAUCACGACUGGCGGAAUGACCAACAUGGGCCUGCAGAGCAUCCACGGCACCACUCUCAAAGACGAGUGGAAGAGCGCAGCCUACACCUAUUUGGGCACGACGGUCAGCGGCUACCCGAACAUGUUCCAUCUGUACGGGCCCCACGGGCCCACGCUGCUUAGCAACGGCCCGACGAGCAUCGAGGUCCAGAGCCGAUGGAUCAUCGACUGCAUCAAGGCUGUCGACAGGGCGGGCUUGAAGUACAUCGACCCCACGCCCGAGGCCAGCAAGGAGUGGAAGAAGCGGAUCAACGAGCUGUCGGACAAGUCGCUCUUCCCGACGACGAAGUCGACGUACAUGGGUGGCAGCCUUCCCGGAAAGGCUUUCGAGCAGGUUAAUUACGCGGGAGGCAUCCCGAACUAUACGAAGGAGAUCCGGGAUGCGCUUCCGGGGUUCAAGGGCUUCCGGACUGUUGUGGCUUGA